AUGAGCGCAUGUCUGGCGAGGGGCCUCUGCCGCCGCCGCCGCCCUCCUCGCGCGCUGCCCGCUCUUGUUCCCACCCGUGCGCCAGCCGCGUCUCUUCGCCCUCUAGCAUGCCGGGGAACUCGGAACCUGUCCACCACCCCCGUCCUCACCAAAGACGACAGCGAUCCAAGGUUGAGAGACCUGGGCAAACAGAUAUCGGACGAGUUUGCCGUCGUGAGAGAACACUAUGACACACCAAAGAACCCAAUCGUCCUCGCACACGGACUGAUGGGCUUCGCCGAGCUGCGCCUAGGCUCGUACGUCCCACCAAUCCACUACUGGCACGGCAUCUCAGACGCCCUCCGCGCCCUCGCCGGCAACCCGGCCGUCAUCACAGCCGCCGUACCGCCCUCGGGCUCCAUUGAGGAACGCGCCGCGAAGCUGGGCGCCGACAUCGCCGCCAAAGCCCGCGGCCGCUCCGUCAACAUCAUCGCCCACUCCAUGGGCGGGCUCGACGCGCGCUACAUGAUUUCUCAUCUCAAGCCCGCCGACGUGGACGUGAAGAGCCUCGUGACCGUCGCCACGCCGCACCGCGGGAGCGCGUUUGCAGACUUCCUCAUCAACGGACAGGGCCCCAUCAAGCUCGCCAACCUCUACGGCCUGAUUGAGCGCGCCGGGCUGGGCACCAAGGCGUUUGGCCAGUUGACGCGGGAGUACAUGGAGGGGGAGUUCAACCCCAAUACUCCAGACAGUGACAAGGUGAGGCACUUUAGCUACGGUGCAUGCACGAGCACGCCCCCGCUCCUCAGUCCGUUCCGACAGAGCCAUCGCAUCCUGGAAGAGGUCGAGGGCGCCAACGACGGGCUGGUUAGCGUUGCGAGCAGCCAGUGGGGCGACUACAAGGGCACGCUGGUCGACGUUAGCCAUCUCGACCUGAUCAAUUGGUCCAACCGGGUGCGGUGGACGGUGAGGAAGGUCUUGAUGGGGCAGACGAGGACCUUUAACGCUGUUGCAUUUUACCUAGAUAUCGCGGACAUGUUGGCCAAGGAGGGGCUGUGA